GCAACAAACCACGGACCCGGGAACGGCUCCGGUUUUUUGGCGCAACAUACACGGGGUCACUUUAGGGUCUCUUAUAGCUGAUCGUGGAUAAGCGAGCCUUUCCAUCCUGAGCGCAUCAGACAUUUGGCUUGGAUAAAUUCUGUUGCGUGCACUGAUCUCUUGCCAGUGGCCAUGACGCCGGGAUUAAUUUCUCUCAUUAAAACCACGGUAGAACAGGCGGUAUAGUAGUUUAAAUAAGCGGUCAGACACUGCGCUUUUGAGCUACAUGUUCAUUCUAGGAGUGUGUUAUGGGUAUUAAGGUCUGCGUGUACUUCCUGUCCCAACCCCAGGGCAUAAACGGGACCGUACUGCGCGUGUUGAUAAACGACGGACAGCAAGGCACAGAUUAGUUGACGUCCAGGAUUUGUAUACUGUAGCACCUGUUAAACCAGGGAAGAGGACUCUGAGUGUUCCCGGCAGUGUAAUAAUGAUCGCUAUAGCCUGUCUGGUACAUUUAAGGUCUAGAAAUGAGCGAUAACUUCACUCAGCUUGCCAGUAGUGGUUAUGCAGACCAAAUGCGAGAGAUACUGUGAGGUUGAUCCGUUCACGUUACAAUAAAGGUGGCUAUGUGGACUUUCUGUCGCCUGUUCAAGAGAGAUCCGAGGAUUUCGUAUUUUGAAGGACUUGGCUUCCUGAAGCGCAACCCGUAUUGUAGAAUUAUAUCAAUUUUCUGACGAAACUUUGCAGUAGCUUAUAUUUAAUUACAUAAUUGCAAAUUAGUUCCACAUUAAGUUUUAGAAAAAAGAAUGAGAACAGUCUUUUUAAAACAAACAAAAAGGUUUCCAUGGAUAGCAAACGUAACCUUGUACGGAUGUCUGUUUGCUGGCGGGGACCUGGCGCACCAGUGUAUAGCCCAAAGAGAGGAAAUUGACUGGAAUCACACGCGGAAUGUCGCUGUAGUGGCUUUCAGUUUUCACGGCAACUUUAAUUACUUCUGGUUGCGGGGUUUGGAACGACGUUUCCCCGGAAGAUCCGCCAGCAUGCUCCUGCGAAAACUGCUCUUGGAUCAAACGAUCGCAUCCCCGUUAGCGACUAGCGUGUUCUAUACAGGGGUAAGUUUCCUCGAGGGUAAGGAGGACGUUCUCGCAGACUGGAGGGACAAAUUCCUAAACACUUACAAGACUGGACUCAUGUACUGGCCAUUUAUGCAGUUCCUGAACUUCGUGCUGGUUCCGCUGCACCUGCGGACGGUGUUCAUGGGCUGCGGCGCCUCCCUGUGGGCCGCGUUCCUGUGCUUCUCGCGGGAGCGCGGUGACGGCACGGCGGCCGCCGCCAUGGCCUGGCUCCUCUCGCCCCGCGCCAGGCUCCCGCCUCGGGACGAUCGCGAGGAGAAGUGAUGCGGAACAGAAAGUGCAGCAGGUUGUGCCUUUGUCUGUGGAAAGAUGCCUGAAAGCCUUGCUUUGUCCUGUGGAAGCUAAGGUCAUGAACCCUUCCUGCUUUACUCAAAUUUGACUAAUAAAGUCAAGCAGCUGCUGUGAUUUGGUAUAUCCCUGGUUAUACCUACACACUGCAUUUGAAGUCGCUGUUGAUCAGAUUGGUGAAAUGGGGAAAUGACAAAAAAAAACCAACAAAUAUACACUUAAUUCCUUGAUCCUUCUUAAAGGUACAGUAUGUAAGUUUAGACAAAUGAGCAAGUGAGAACUAGAUUUUGAAAAAAAUGAUCCACCACCUCCCAACUCCUCCCCUCAGCUCUCCCUCCAAAGCCUCUCCCUCCAAUAUCUGUCAGGAUGUGAAGGAAAUGUAACCAAAUAUGAACAAAAGUUCUUUUAAAAAAAGAUAUAUUGCUGUUAGACUAAAUUAAGUCAUUUGCUUCUUGCUUAAAGCCACCUGCCUGAAGUCUGUAUCAUUGAUUUAUUUACAGCAUUAUGACCAACAACAGUCAUAACAACAGCAACCAUGACAACCAUAGCCAUAACAAAACCAGACAAUCAUUAUCUUAAUGUCUGUUGAAAGAAAAACAGGAGAGGCUGUUCGUUUUUAUUGACUUCUUGGACAAAGCACGUAUCAAGGGUAUAUUAUAUAGGUGGGUAGUUCAAGGAUGAAAAAAAACUGCUGUCUGUUACUUGAAAUGUUUAUUAAAACACAAUAGGUUGCCAUUGAACCAGGUACCUUAUACACAAACAGACAGUAUAUCAAGUCGCCCAUAGCGGAAUAGAGCAGCACGUUCUGUGUAUUGCUGUUACAUCAGCACUUGUCUCAUAGAAAAGCUUGGUGUUUAAGUGGAGGGCACAUAAUAUAAUUGUAUAAUGUGUAGUUGCGGUCAACCAAUUAGGUUCUGAUGAUACUUUUAUUUAGUCUUUGAGCACUAACCAGAAAGAUACAUAUGGUACAUGGCCAAAUAUGUGUGGAUACCUGACAUCCAUUUUUGUAUGGACCUUGCUGUGUUCCUGGGGGCAUUGUCACACUGAAACAGGAAAGGCCCUUUCCCAAACUGUUGCCACGAAGUUGGAAGCACAGAAUCAGUUAGAAUGUCAGUGCAUUAAGUUUUCCCUUCUCUGGAACUAAGGGGCCUAGCCCAAACAUGAAAAACAGCCCUGAACCAAGUGGUGUCCACAUACAUUUGGUCAUAUAGUGUAUUCAUGAUAUCUAACAAAGUGGCAAAAGAUAAAAAUCAUACCUCAUAAUUGUAGCCCAAAAAUAAUCCUGUUAGAGAACAAUUGCCCGUGCAGACUUUGGUGUGUUCAUUGGAAGUUGCAAGAUCCACAGAAAAGUGGUAAGGAUUAGUGGUGAUCUAUUUAACUCUCUCUGUGUUUUUGUUUGUUCACAUUUUUAGCUUUGUGAAUCUGCCAACAUCUGUACUCGGUGUAUUUUUGUGGAAUAGUCUGUGGAGAAUUUUUAAGUACAAAUUGUAAAAAUUGGUCAGUGGUGACAAUGUUCUGAGUGCAAUUUGGCACAUAUCUCGGUCUGUGUACAGUCAAAUUUGACUGAAGAGGUUAAGCAGCUGGUGUACCUUUGGUUAUACCUAUGCACUGCAUUCGAUGUCACUGUUCAUCAGAUUAGUGAAAUGGGGAAAAAACAAAUGCACUCUUAUAUCCUCAACCCAAGGAUAAGACAUAUUGCAGCUAGACUGAAUAAAGCCUGUUGAUUUUUCUGCG